CCGCCCACGGCCCGGACCCACCGACCGCCGCGGAGCGCCAUGGGUCGCGCAGGCGCGCGCUCCGCCUCGGCGCUGCUGCUGCUGCUGGUGCUGCUGCGGGCCGAGCGGCCGCGGGGCGCCGAGCUCACCUUCGAGCUGCCCGACAGCGCCAGGCAGUGCUUCCACGAGGACGUGGAGCGGGGCGCCAAGUUCUCCCUGGACUACCAGGUCAUCACCGGAGGCCACUACGAUGUCGACUGCUACGUGGAGGACCCCCUGGGGAACACCAUCUACCGGGAGACCAAGAAGCAGUAUGACAGCUUCACCCACCGGGCUGAGGUCAAGGGCGUUUACCAGUUCUGCUUCAGUAAUGAGUUUUCCACCUUCUCUCACAAGACCAUCUACUUUGAUUUUCAAGUGGGUGACGAGCCCCCCAUUCUCCCAGACAUGGGGAACAGGGUCACAGCUCUCACGCAGAUGGAGUCGGCCUGCGUGACCAUCCACGAGGCCCUGAAGACGGUGAUCGACUCGCAGACGCAUUACCGUCUCCGCGAGGCACAGGACCGGGCCCGGGCCGAAGACCUCAACAGCCGUGUCUCCUACUGGUCGGUCGGCGAGACCGUCGCCCUGUUCGUGGUCAGCUUCAGCCAGGUGCUGCUGCUGAAGAGCUUCUUCACGGAGAAGCGGGCCGGCCCCCGGGCGCCGCACUCCUAGGCCCCUGCGUCACGGGCUCCUGCCGGGCCCGAGGGCGACCGUGGGCUGGGGCACCCCGCUGCUUUCUCCCCGUACCCC